AUGCAGCUGAUUUUAUUCCUGUCCUUGAAGACCUACAGCAAGCUGGUGGGCCUCUACUGCCAUCCCCACUGCCUCUCCUAUAUUCCCUAUAUUCCCUCAUUCCUCAAUUCUGGCCAGAUAGCAUGCCCUCCAACAUUUCUCAGAAAAUAGGGACAUUCUUUUCUACACCAGUAGAAUGUCCCUAUUUGCUGAGGAAUGUUGGAGGGUAUGACAGCUCCUUCACCCUCCCACUCACUGUAUUCUCCAAAAGGAUAGUGGCUAGUGCUAGCCCCUAUUUUGGCAAUGUAUCCAGUCUCAUUGCCCAUCCCCUCUAAGACAGCAGUGUUUCAUCUGGAACCUCUGAAAGGAAGAGAACACACACACUUCCCAAACUUAUGACUGCACACCUAUUUGUGUGAACAACAGAGAGCUUCCAGAAUUUGCAAAAAAACAGGGCACAGUAUUCUGUCAAAAUGAACCCCAAAACUAAUUUUAACCCCAGUAGGCCACCUAGCUGAGCAUUAUGCCUUCUGAAGGGCCAGCCAGGUUUAUCAGAGAAAUUUAACAGCAGGGUCUGAUGGGUUUUUUUCCCUCCUUGUUUUUCUCCAUCAUCUGUUAACUAGAGAACCCCUCACAAUUACCAUUUUUUUAUAAGCUAAAGGUCCCAGCAGUUCAAGCAGAUCUUUAUAAGGAAGAUGAUCAGUUUCUGAAAGAAAAUACAACAGUAAUUUUGUUCUUUGGACUUCUGUAAUAAUGGCUGCCUGAUAGCACUUUGGGCUUUGAUGUUGGUGCUUUUGGGGAAACUGAAGACCACCAUCUUGUAAGUUGGUAGCAAGACCUGGAAUUAUGCAGCUAUGAUGUUAAAUGUAUGAAUAACUCAAGAACUGAAGGGUUGAGAUGACAUAACUUGGAGUUUGGAAACAAAUAUAUCCAUUGUAAGUGGUUUUUCAAACGAAAUCUUCAAGGCCUAUGUUGUACACUAGAAAGUUAGAAACCAAAAUUAAGCUGAUCCCUCCCUUACCCAUUAAGUAAAGACUGGUGUUUCUCUUUCUAAACCAGAGAUGGGGAACUUGUGGUCCAACAGACGUUGGUAGACUCCAGCUCCCCUUAGCUACAGUUAGCAUGGACAAAGGGAACUGUAGCCCAAGGACAUCUAGAGAGCCACAGGUUCCUCAUCCCUGCUCUAAGCAGACCUGUGGUGGUGGAGUCCCAACUUCUGCUUGGCAUCUUUAAGGCACUGUGGGCAUUUUCAUACAGCGCCACACAUUAAGGAAGACAAGAGAGACAGGUUUUCUAGCAUCACCUUUGUGCCUCAGGAGGACCUGAAAGCCACAUCACUAGAGAGGCUGGAGGAGGAGGAGGGUUUGUUAAAGGGAAAAUUGCUAGGAGCUGAGCAACACUGAACCCUUGGAGGUAUCAUAUAAACCUGUCAGCUGAUAUGAAUAAAGAAGCUCUUACCUGGGGGUAAUAGAAGACACUGGUGCUACAAUAAGGGCAAAACAUAUAGGGUUGGCUGGUUUGCGAAUGUAAAUGAGAUUGUCCUCUCACAAACGUCCCAGAUUUGGAUGCCAUUAUGGAUGGAUAUUGUCAGAGAGCAAGAAGUGACUCUUGAGUUCAUUGUCCACAAGGCUAGGAAGGGAAUGGGCCAGGCUGGCUUGGGCUGAGCUUUCAGCCUAGGAUUCCCUGCCCUGGAGACCAUCAGCAGAGAGAAGGCUGGGUGCAUUGUGAUGCAAGCAUAGCCCUUCCGAGUCACAAUGCCGCUGAGCCGCUGCCUCCCUCUGGGCUCCGUCCCAGCCUGCCCUUUGCAAUAGGCGCUUCAACCUGCCCAGUGGACUCUUAGGGAGCACUCCUCCGCCUUUGAUAGGUAAGGCUGGGACGGAGGAGCCAAGGGCAAGACAGAAGAAUGGGCCGGCCCAGGAUGCCAGACUCCAGGCACCCCAUGGUGGGGCCACCCAAACAAUACUCAACCAAAGCAGGAGUGGAACCAGUUGGCCCUGUCAUGAGGCAGAGUGGAGCAACCACCUCAGGUGGUAGAUUCUGGGGGGCAGUGGCAAUAGCAGUGGCCCCUCAGCUGCUGCUCCUUAACACCCCAAGCUGUACCCCUUGGUUGGAGUUGUUCAUGCUAUGUGGUCUGCCCUGCCCCCUCCCAAACUAACCUGGAGCCUUGGGUGCAGCAGAGGACACCACCCUGUUGCUUGUGAUUCACUUGCAAGCCCAGCAACUUUCCUCUGCAGGAUGGGUAGCAGCUGUCCUCUUGCCCUUUGCCUUGGGAGCAGUGAAAUGUAUUGGGCUGGGCUGGCCUGGAGUCCGUUUAGAGUGACUGGGGCGAACUUUUCUCCACACCAGGAAAAGGCCUCCCCUGCACAAUUUCUGUGUCAGGUUUCGGUUGAAGGUACAAGGUGAAGUUAUUUUAAAUAAUGUUGCAGCCAUACUGUAGUGCAUGGGGGGACGGGACAGGAACAGGAAGACAGACACUUACCUUCCUGGCAGCUGAAGUAUGGGGUUGGCUGGGGCUUCCAGGCAGCUUCUGGCACCCCUCUGAGUUCUUUCAUACAUGGUCAGAAAUGUAGAACUGUUGGAUGUUUAGCGAUGCACAAAUACACGGGAUCCACUCCCCCUUGUGAACACACUAUUGCUGCAUUUCCAAUAACAUAAACCAGAUUCUCUCUUGCUCCCCUCCCUUUCUGUGACUCGCAUAUCAAUGUAUUAUCUAAGCAGGCAGCAUAUACAAAAACACUGUAGACAUUAAGAGUAUUUUUCAAAAGAUCACAACCCUAAAACGAACCAAUGGAGUAAAGAAUUCAUUGGUAUGGGCAGAUAUGUCUUCUGAGCACCCACUUGUGAGGCCUGAGAGUGGGGCAGGGGACCCUCAGAAGAACCAGGAGCUUCCUAGGCUGGUGUGUGAUGCUCCUAGAGUUGCUUACGCAGCUGGCAUUUUGGAGUAGGUGGAUGAGCCUGGCGCAGGGGCAGAGGGAUGUCCCACUGAACACUUCUCUUCCAUAGACAGGUCUGGGGCUCGGACAUGAGCUCCCAAGAGACCCCACAAGCUCGGAGAUUUCCAAUAGAGGCAGGAGAUUCUCCCAGCCUGGCGACUGCCCCCGAAACACAGGAGCCAGUUGCCCCUGAGCGCACUGCAACAAGGUAAGGAAACGUUUCACAGUGGGACAGGCAGGAUUCAACCCUGACACCACAGCUGAAGGAGAAGGGCUGUGGUGGCUCAGUUGGCAGAGCAUUUCCUUUGCACACAGAAGGUCCCAGGUUUAGUCUCUGCUAUAGCCAAGCAGGUCUGGAAACUGCCCUUCCCUCAAUCCCUGGAGAGCCACUGCCAGUCAGCAUAGAUGAUAAUGGGCUAGAUGGACUUCAACAAAGGCAGGUUCCUGUUUCCCUAACCUGCCACUCCUCCUCUUUCUGUGGAGAGCAGGUGCUAACCCGUCUUCUAUUGCAUCGAGCAGCCAAGUGUAUGAGGGAAUCUGCCUCUGAAAAUAUGGGUGGACAGAACUAGUUACAGUGGUACUUUGGGUUACAUACGCUUCAGGUUAUAGAUGCUUCAGGUUACAGACUCCGCUAACCCAGAAACAGUACCUCAGGUUAAGAACUUUGCUUCAGGAUAUGAAUAGAAAUCGUGCUCCAGCGGUGCGGCGGCAGCGGGAGACCCCAUUAGCUAAAGUGGUGCUUCAGGUUAAGAACAGUUUCAGGUUAAGAACAGACUUCCAGAACGAAUUAAGUACUUAACCCGAGGUACCACUGUACACCCAAACCAUCAGGCAGCGCGGAAGAAAUGACACUAAACUUGCUCUGGAUCAUCUUUUGGUAAUUUAGCAGCAAAUCACUUCUAGUCAUAUGCAAACUUCACAGGGCUCAGUCAACAGUUGUCAGUUGCUAGCCUGACUGCAGCUUAUGCAGAGACCAGAUGAAAGGCUGUUAGACUAAAUUAGCUGAUGAGGGAUAGAAAUGGUCAAGAAAAUAUGUGUGGGGUGGAUAAAAUAUAUUAUUUUCCUGGUGGUAGGGAAACUAACAGGCAAUAGAUGUCUACAGAAAGUAUAAGACUAUGACCAGGGAGACCAGGGGUCAAAUCCCCUCUCAGCCAUAAAGCUCACUAGGUGACCUUGGGCCAGUCACUCACUUUCAGCCUAACCUAACUCACAGGGUUGUUGUGAGGAUAAAAUGGGAGUGGAGAACCAUGUAAGCCACCUUGAUCUCUUGGGAGGAAAAGUGGGAUCCAAAUAUAAAUAGUAAUGAUUAAGAACAACAACUGUACUGUGCUUUGUCACACUCUCUGUGCAGCAUUUUGAAGGUAGAUGGGAAAAUCUGGAAUUGAUGUUCCGCUGGCCUACAAUGUUUUGAUGCCUGAAGUGGCAAAUCCAGAUCUGUAUCUCCCCCCACCCUGCCAUGUGCUAAUUAAUAUAUUUCAAUUAGUCCAGUAGGGCUUGUGCAGGCAAAUAUCCAGCUGUCCUCAACUUGGUUCCCUCCUGAUGUUUUGGACUACAACUCAAAUCAGAGGUUGAUGGGAGCUGUAGUCCAAAACAUCAAGGGGGGGACCGGGGGGGGGGGGAAAGGUUGUGUUAAGCAGCACUUCCCAUUCUGCUGCUCCUAGUGGUUUCCUAAAUGUGUCCCCAAAGGUAAGACUUGGUGCAACAAUGAUAACUAGAGGAAUCUGUCCUUGUCUUGAGCACCUCCCAUCAUGGGUCCUGGUGAAUUGCACCCACUUACUAGCUCCACACAUGGAAACGAUUGCCUGUGUUAGUGAAGUGGAGCACCUAAGUUCUGUUUGAAAUUGGAACUUGGAUUUUAUUUUAUUUUAAAUAGAAUGACAUUCUGAGACACAUUCCAUUUUGCACAGUGCAUAUGAAUAUGCAGCUCCUAACAAAUGCAGGGAUCAACUCUCUCUGUCUUUUGGGCAGGCAGCUGCGAAGAUGUCCAGGGUGCCACUGCCUGACCCUGCCCAACGUCCCCAUUGACGUCUACAUUGCCAUGGGUGGGAGCCACAGGCCACGAACCACCUGA